AUGGAGGUAACAAAAUUUAAACGCCAAAUAUUUGAAAAGAAAUUAGAAACUGCCCAAUCACAGGAAAACAGCCUGGCAAAGAUUCCAAAUGUCAGCAAAAGCCUGCGGGGAGUGAACAGAGUCCUCACGGGCCCAAGGAGCAUCCAGAAAAGGCACUUCAAAGAGGUGGGAAAGCAGAGCAUCAGGAGGGAACGGGGUGCCCGGGCAUUCAUGGAGAACGCUGCCAAAGAAAAAUGGCUUGGGCGUCCAGCCCCAAGGGAGCUGGAACAGCCUCACAAAGAGCAGGGGCCCAAGAAGUUAGCAGGAAACACUAUCUACACCAAGCCUCCGUUCACACUGGAGCAUAAGGCGGCAGUCUUCUCUUUGCUGAAACCCUUCUCCAUGGGCGUGCCUUCUGCCUCCACCCCUGCAAAAGCCCGACCUGAGGUCAGAAACAGAUUGAAAUACUUAACUUAUGCCAUUUUGGUUUUAGAAGAUGCAAAGGCUACAGUAAAAUCAAUCGUACAUUCCAGAAAAAAAUACUGCUUUCUUAAAAGUUGCUCCCAUGUGGUCCACAGAACACCCAAGGCCAAAAAGAGUCAAAAGUUCAGAAAGAAAAGUUCUCUCAAUAGACUGAUGCUCACAAAGAGGCCUCCGUUCUCUGCAGCAAAGAGCCUCAUAAAUUCCCCUUCACAAGGGGCUUUUUUGUCUUUAGGAGACCUGAGUCCUCAGGAAAAUCCUUUUCCAGUAGUAUUUGCUCCUUCAGAACAUUUUAUAGAGAACACUAAUGUAAAAAACACCACAGUAAGAAAUGCCUUAGAAGAAAACAUUUUGGUGGAAAACAUUACUAUGCCAGAAGGCACCAUCUCUGAAAACACAACCUACAGUCAUCCUCCUGUGGCGGAUUCCACUGGGACUGUGUUCAACUUAGAGACAACUGUUAAACACACCAGUGAAACACAAUGGGAAUACAACAACAUGGGCACUGGCUUGUCCCCCAAGCCCAAAAUCUUCUACUACCCAUUGCCCUCAUCCCCAGGUGACCGGUUUGAAAUUCAGCUAAACCAGCAGCUAUGGUCCCUCAUCCUCAACAACGAUGUGAGAAGGCUCAUUUCUCAUGUUAUCCAAACCUUGAAAAUGGACUGCUCUGAAACCCACAUGCAAUUGGCCUGUGCCAAGCUCAUCUCCAGAACAGGCCUCCUGAUGAAGCUUCUCAGUGAGCAGCAAGCUGAGAACUAUAUUAACGAGAGCACAGAAGCCCAGAGUGAACAGAAAGAGCAGGACCACACAGAAACACGAGACCCAGACUUUCUCAUCAUUUAGCAUAUGCCAGGAAUGUUGGGGUGAUCAGACCAACACCAGGUCAUGGGGACUAUGAAGUCUGGUGGAGUCAAAGGAAUGAGACAAGACAAAUUAAGAGAACAUAGGGUGGGUCCAGGGGGCCAAUGCCAGUAUGGAGGCUGUGAAGGCUCUUCGAGGGCUCUGGGAGCCCACACUAUUUAUUGGUAAUCAAACAAAGAAGCAGGUGGUGAGGAUGUGUGGAUGUGGGGGUAACAGGUGAGGACGUGAGGAAGUGGGGGUAGAAAGGCAGCAGUGCAUCAAGCAUAGCUGUGAUGGCUUAGCAUAUGCUGUGCCACUUGAGAUAAGGGAGACAGAUUCUUCUAAUUCAAGAUACAAUCAAUUUAUGAUCUUGGGAGAGAAAGGAGCAAGGGGCCAGCGAGUCUGGACACAUUCCAGAGGCUACAAGGGGUUUUAUGCCCUGAGCCCUGGGUUCUCUCCAAGCCACAAGGGGUUUUAUGCCCUGGACUUAGAUUAUAGUGUGGCAGGGCAGCCUUCCACCCUUUGGUGCAGAGCUGGGUGUUCCAUAGGUCACGAGGGGUUUUAGACUCUGGACCCAGCACAUGUUCCAAGACUCUUUUACAUUAUGUCAGACAAGCAAGCCCUGCCUCAGCCCUUCCACCAACAAGGAAAGUGCUCACACAGGAGAACCUCGACUCCCAGACCAUAGUUUGUCUUGGCCACGUAACUCUGGCCAUGACAGUGAUCUCCCACUUUGCUCAUUUAGAGAGUGAAAUAGAUUAGUACACAAGAGAAACUGUAGGCCAGGUAUGAUGGCUCACACCUGUACUUCUAGCACUUUGGGAGGCUGAGGUGGGUGGAUUGCUUGAGGUCAGGAGUUUGAGACCA